AUGAACAGACCAAUGUUAGUACUAUAUCCUAGUCUCCACCUCAUUCAGAGAGGGAACAAGCCAAGGAAGCACUUCUUAUACAUGCAGGAAAAGUUUAUUUGCAACCAACAGACGCCUCUACACAUUUAUAACGCAACGAAAUAUUCCAAAAAAUCGAUGAACCAUAGACUGUUUUACAUAAACUGGAUUUUUCUGUUUUUAUUUCUAGACAUGUGUAAUAAUCAUUUAGACAUAUGA